GGUCCAGGGACCAUCGCUGAGCUUAACCAUCUUCCCUGUUUCUCGCCCUUUGUAGCAGCGAACAAAAAGCCCCGUCUCUUUCUGUGCGGGGUUGGUUCCCGAUCCGAUUCUCGCUUCCUCUUUAUUUUCUCUGUCUCUCCCGAUCGAUCGAACGCUGACAGGAGAACAGAGAACCCAUUAUCGGCGAGAAAUCCUCGGUUUUUUAUUUUUUGGUGGCUCGGAGAGGCGAAGAGAAGGAGGUGGGAACGAUGAACGACGCCGAUGUCUCGAGGCAGAUCCAGCAGAUGGUGCGGUUCAUCCGGCAGGAGGCCGAGGAGAAAGCGAAUGAGAUUUCGGUGUCCGCCGAAGAGGAAUUCAACAUAGAAAAGCUGCAGCUAGUCGAAGCAGAGAAAAGAAAGAUCCGACAAGAAUAUGAACGCAAGGAAAAACAGGUGGAAAUUCGCAGGAAAAUUGAAUACUCAAUGCAGCUCAAUGCUUCACGCAUCAAAGUUUUGCAAGCCCAAGAUGAUCUCGUAAAUUCAAUGAAGGAGGCUGCUAGCCAGGAGCUUUUGCGUGUUUCUAAUGAUUCACAGGCCUAUAAAAGGCUUUUGAAAGGCCUCAUUGUCCAGAGCUUACUACGUCUGAAAGAGUCGUCAGUUUUACUACGGUGUAGGGAGGUUGACCGUCCACUGGUAGAGUCUAUCUUGAAUGAAGCUAAACAAGAGUAUGCAGAUAAAGCACAAGUUCAUCCUCCAAAUGUUAAUAUUGAUCGUGUGUAUCUUCCACCACCUCCAACCAGUAGUGAGGCUCAUGGAACUUUUUGCUCUGGAGGUGUUGUGUUGGCUUCACAAGAUGGGAAGAUUGUCUGUGAGAACACACUGGAUGCAAGACUGGAGGUUGCUUUCAGACAGAAAUUACCUGAGAUCAGAAAGCGUCUUUUUGGAAAGAUGGAAGCCUGACUUGUUCAUAUCUGUAUUUUCUUGCAAUAAAAGAUCACUCUUGUCCUUUUGCCCCUUUCUGUAAUUGGUCCUAUAUCUUCUCUCUAUUAAACCUUCUGCGCUUCAAAUUUGAACUUGAUAGUCUUUAAGCAAUAAUAGUAGAGUGGUAUGGAACAUGCACCAAAGUCACUUUUCUUCCA